AUUUGCUAUUAAGUUAAGUUAUUCUUAGUUAGUUUACGGCAGCUUAUCGCCGAGGUGUUUAUCAACAAAAUGAUAGGACAAAAAACCAUUAACUCCUUUUUUUCGCCCGUCUCGAAAAAGAGAAUUUCCAAGGAUAUGACUGAAGCCGAGGAGGAUGCCAAAGACCCCAAAAAGCUGAAGUCAUCGGCGGUGGCGCCAGAGGCUUCCGGUCCGUCUCCUGCGCCUCUGUCCCCGGGGCAGCUAGACACCAUCGCUCGAACAUUUCCAGGGUUUGGGGAAAGCUGGAGAGAGGGACUGUCGGAAGAAUUUGGAAAGCCCUAUUCUAAAAAAUUGAUGGAUUUUGUUUCUGAAGAGAGGAAACGCUUCACUGUGUACCCACCUGCUGAAGAUGUCUUCACCUGGACCCAGAUGUGUGACAUCCAAGAUGUCAAAGUGGUGAUUCUUGGCCAGGAUCCAUAUCAUGGUCCUAACCAAGCCCAUGGAUUGUGCUUUAGUGUCAAAAGAUCAGUGCGUCCUCCACCCAGUUUGGAGAACAUGUACAAAGAACUGGUGUCAGACAUUGAAGGCUUCCAGCACCCUGGACACGGAGAUUUGACUGGAUGGUCCAAACAAGGUGUGUUGUUGCUCAACGCUGUGUUGACCGUCCGAGCGCACCAGGCCAACUCCCACAAAGGCAAAGGCUGGGAGACCUUCACUGACGCUGUGGUGCAGUGGCUCAGCGACAACCUGGAAGGCCUUGUCUUCAUGCUGUGGGGAUCAUAUGCUCAGAAGAAAGGAGCUGCUAUUAACAGGAAACGUCACCACGUCCUCCAGGCUGUGCAUCCUUCUCCCUUGUCCGCUCAUAAAGGAUUUUUUGGGUGCAAGCAUUUCUCAAAGGCCAACGAGCUGCUCAAGAAAUCCGGAAAGUCUCCUGUAAACUGGAAGGCACUUUAAGUUGUUUUUCAUGUUUUCUGACAUGUAUGAUUAACUACAGAAUAUAACCCAGCCAUAAGCUUUCACACUUUCCUGUUUUAGCAAUAUUAUGUGCAAAGAUUUCUUUAUAAAAGAGUUCAUGUUGGCAGUUCAAACCGUUAUGUUUUGUGCUAUACACUGAAUUUUCCUAAAUUACCUUUUCUUCGUCUGUUGUUUCAACCUUGUAAAUCUGUAUGUGGUUUUUUUUCUUUACAACUUUUUAUUCAAAUGUUUGCUCUAUUAAAGUGGUUCCAAAAAGUG